UUCCGGCGUGAAAGGUCAGAACAAAAUGGCGCCGUCCAAGAAGAAACAUGCCUGCAGUCAGCCGUGCGUCAUUCCUGGAGGAUUUACAGAGCUGCUGUUACAGUUCAGCUCGGACAGCUCUGCACAGCACAGGCUGUACGUGAAGGAGCACCGGGUCCGGGCGGAGAGGAGCUCACACAGACCUCUGGACCGGACUCUGUUCGUGCUGAACGUCCCUCCGUACUGCUCAGAGGGUGUCGUCAAAGAGUUGUUCUCACAGUUCGGCAGUGUUCAGUCUGUGGAGCUCAGAGAUCACCCGGGCUCCUCUCAGGAGUCUGGACCCAAACUUUCCAAAGUCUUUAAACCAGCUGCAAAACAGGGUUUCAAAGUGGGCUACGUCGUCUUCCAAAACUCCUCCAGUUUAAAAGAAGCUAAAUCGCACCCGCAUGAUGAACCUUUGGUGGUCUGCACAGAGCAGCGUCCAGUGAGGACAGGAGUGCAGAAAUGGAUCCAGCAGUACCAAGAGUCUUUUAUCCAGCCAGACAAACUGCAACAAAUGGUCGACUCCUUCAUGGAAGAAUAUGACAAGAGGAAAGAAGAGGUAGCCGAGAGGCAGAGGAAGGAGGCUGAGCAGCAAGAAGAGGAAGACGAGGGCUGGGUUAAAGUUACAAGAGGACCAAAGGGCACCAAGGCCCGACCCCACAGCGAGGCAGCCAACAAGAGGACUCUACAGAAGGAGAUAAAGAAGAAGAAGAGGAAGGAGCUCAUGAACUUCUACACCUGGCAGCACAGAAACACACAGAAAGAACAUAUUGCAGAGUUAAGGAAAAAGUUUGAGGAGGAUAAACAGAGGAUCGCUCUGCUGAGAGCUCAGAGAAAAUUCAGACCUUACUGAGUCAACCACCUCCAAUUUCUUUUGUUUAUUUCUCUGCUUGUGUUUUAGCUGCAUUAUAGAGCAUUUGUGUUAAUAAACUAUUAUUCUGAUU